AUGAGGCUCGCGCCCCUGUUCCAGCUCGGGCUUCGCAACCCGGUGUGUCUACUCUCGCCGGGCUGGAGCCCCUUCUCACCGGAUUCUUCUUCAGUUUCUCAGUCACAUAAACGGGAGAAUUUGGGGAAGUCCGGGGCGGCCUGGAGACUCACCAUAAAGGAUCCUCACCAAACCCGACGGGACGAAAGGGUGCUGGGAGCCCUCCACGAGGGACUGUCCAAAGAAGAGAUGGAGGAUCUGCGGCCCCCUUGCACUUUUGCCGCUAGCCCCCAUCGGCUAGCGCGCUCUCAACUCCCAGCAACAGGCCUGUUAUCCAGGCGGAAGGGCGAAAGCAGACCGCAGCCCUAA